AUGGAGAGCGGUGGGAGAGGAGGGAGCGAGGCUAGGGUUUCUGCAGGUAGGGUCGUUGAUGAAGGUGAAGAUGAAUCAAAUGGAGAUGGAGAUGGUUGGAGUAGUCCUUUAGGUGGUCCAAGUUCCUUGUCUUGGCCUAUGGGUUGGGUCACUUCUUGCUUGGCCUGGUGUUUUGCAUGCAGUGGUGCGUGUUGGGCGACAAUGGCUUCCCUCGAUGAUGGUAAUGUUUCUAACCCUGUCUCGGAUGGUUGUUUGGAGGCUUUAAUUGACUCCAGAUCCCUUGUUUGGCAUGGGGGUUGGUCUAUUCUCGGAGUGGAGUGGCAUCUUGGGUUGCGCAGGAGGGUCUAUGAGCGAAGUCAGCAGCAAGUUCUCUCAGAAUUUUUGGAGAGGAAGAGAUCUUCUGUGGAAAGCCCAACUCAUGAAUGGAAGGCUCCUUCUGUUAACUUGGAUCACAUUUAUCCUCAAGACGGAUUGCAGGAGAAUGACAAGAUAAUUUCUCUGCCCGGUCAGCCAUCAAAUGUAACGUUUGCACAGUAUUCGGGAUAUGUGACAGUGGAUUCAAAGGCGGGCAGAGCUCUGUUCUACUAUUUUGCAGAAGCUGCCCAAGACCCAUCUACUAAGCCUCUCCUAUUGUGGCUCAAUGGAGGGCCAGGAUGCUCAUCGUUUGGAUUUGGGGCAAUGACGGAGCUUGGAUCCUUUCGCGUUCAGUCAGAUGGCGCCACUCUUACUAGUAAUCCCUAUGCGUGGAACCAAGUGGCGAACACCUUGUUUUUGGAAUCACCUGCUGGGGUUGGGUAUUCAUACUCAAAUACCAGUGAUGAUUAUAAAAAUGGCACUGAUGAGAACACUACUGUGGAUUCGUACACGUUUCUACUGAAUUGGCUUGAAAGGUUUCCGCAAUAUAAGAACAGAGAAUUCUAUAUUGCAAGGGAAAGCUAUGCUGGUUUUUAUAUACCUGAAUUGGCUGAUACAAUUCUUAAGAACAACAACUCACGUACAUCUUUUCUAAAUCUCAAAGGAGUUCUGAUUGGGAAUGGAUUAACGAAUGAUGAGACAAAUGACUGCGGGUUGGUAGAUUAUGCAUGGUCAUAUGCUUUGAUGUCAGAUGAAGAAUAUGAAGAUAAACGAUGUAAGGGAUCUAAUUCAAGAUUCCUAUCUUAUAGCGACACAUUCCACUCAAAAUUUAAGUCAACUAAAGUGAUAAACCCAUAUGAUAUAUAUGCACCAAUUUUCCCAUCCAAUCCAGAUUCCACAUGGACAUCAUCUACUACAACUGAUGUUAUAUCUAUGGAUGGAUUAUAUGGAUUUGAUCCAUGUAGUCCUGGUUAUGUAAUUACAUAUCUCAACACACAUGAAGUGCGAAGAGCUCUUCAUGCAAAUGUGACAAGCUUACCAUUUGUGUGGGAUAUGUGCAGUGGAGAUGUGGAUUCAGUAGUCCCAGUGACUGGUACAAGAUAUUCUAUUAAUGCAUUAAAGCUUCCAAUUGAGACAAAAUGGUAUCCAUGGAUGAAUGGAGAUAUUGAUGUUGGAGGUUAUAGUGUGAUUUACAAAGGCUUGAUUUUUGCAACUAACAAGGCCGCUGCCGUCCUUUUGCAUUGUUUGCUCCGCAUCGACAUAGCCCGCAAGCUGUUCAAUCUCAAUUAUUCAUUCAGGCCAACCUUAAAUCACAUACAUAACAUUUUAAAUCUAGAGAAUAUAAAUCAAUUUCUCUUGCUGCUCAGCCCAUCUGAGUUUCAUCAUCCAUUCAAAAUGAAAAAUAUCAUAACCCUCCUCUUAAUCUUUCCUUUCGCGCUAUUGGUCGAUCCUUCUCACCAGCGCAGUCAGCAGCAAGUUCUCUCAGAAUUUUUGGAGAGGAAGAGAUCUGCUGUGGAAAGCCCAACUCAUGAAUGGACGGCUCCUUCUGUUAACUUCGAUCACAUUUAUCCUCAAGACGGAUUGCAGGAGAAUGACAAGAUAACUUCUCUGCCCGGUCAGCCAUCAAAUGUAACGUUUGCACAGUAUUCGGGAUAUGUUACAGUAGAUGCACAUGCGGGCAGAGCUCUCUUCUACUAUUUUGCAGAGGCAACCCAAGACCCAACUACUAAGCCUCUCCUCCUCUGGCUCAAUGGAGGGCCAGGAUGCUCAUCGUUUGGAGUGGGAGCAAUGACUGAGCUUGGACCCUUCCGCGUUCAGCCUGAUAACGCCACUCUUUCUAGUAAUCCCUAUGCGUGGAACCAAGUGGCGAACACCUUGUUUCUGGAAUCACCUGCCGGGGUUGGGUUUUCAUACUCAAAUACCAGUGAUGAUUAUAAAAAUGGCACUGAUGAGAACACUGCUGUGGAUUCGUACACGUUUCUACUGAAUUGGUUUGAAAGGUUUCCACAAUAUAAGAACAGAGAAUUCUAUAUUGCAGGGGAAAGCUACGCUGGUUUUUAUAUACCUGAAUUGGCUGAUACAAUACUUAAGAACAACUACUCACGGACAUCUUUUCUAAAUCUCAAGGGAGUUAUGAUUGGGAAUGGUUUAAUGAAUGAUGAGACAGAUGAUUGUGGGGUGGUAGAUUAUGCAUGGUCACAUGCUUUGAUGUCAGAUGAAGAAUAUGAAUAUAAACGAUGCAAGGGAUCUAAUUCAAGCUUUCGAUCUAAUAGCGACACAUUCCACUUCAAAUUUAAGUUAACUAAAGUGAUAAACCCAUAUAAUAUAUAUGCACCACUUUGCCCAUCCCAUCCAAAUCCCAUAUGGACAUUGUCUACUACAACUGAUGUUAUAUCUAUGGAUGGAUUAUAUGGAUUUGAUCCAUGUAGUCCUAGUUAUGUACUUACAUAUCUCAACACACAUGAAGUGCAAAGAGCUCUUCAUGCAAAUGUGACAAGCUUACCAUUUGCAUGGGAUAUGUGUAGUGAUGUACUAUGGUAUGGUACCUAUGCAACCACUAUGCUCCCAAUCUAUCGAAGAAUGAUUGCAUCGGGAUUGAGAAUACUAGUAUAUAGUGGAGAUGUGGAUUCAAUAGUCCCAGUGACUGGUACAAGAUAUUCCAUUAAUGCAUUAAAUCUCCCAAUAGAGACAAAAUGGUAUCCAUGGAUGAAUGGAGAUAUUGAUGUUGGGGGUUAUAGUGUGAUUUACAAAGGCUUGAUUUUUGCAACUGUAAGAGGAGCAGGACAUCAAGUACCUAGCUAUCAACCAUCUAGAGCCUUAACAAUGACCAAAUUCUUUUUAGCUAGCCAACCUCUACCAUCAUAG